UGCUAUUUCCACUCUACCAUUGACAGUGGCAUUGCCGAAUCUAACAAACUCAAAAUUUUCACUGGUUUGAACAGUUGGUGUGAACAAGUAAUCGACUCACCAGUGAAAGAGGAGCCUGGGUUAUCCUCGUGACUGGCCUCAUGACAUGUGUCUCCGACACCAUAUCGUCAGGGGUUCGGUUGUGUGGAAUGUCUUCAUCCCAUCACCAUGUCCAAAGAAGAUGAAGAAUACAUCACGUACCCUGAGAUAUGCCAAGCUACUGAGAGGAGAACGCCGAUUGGCACAGGCACAUCUUGCAGAGGAUGCUAGCGAAGCCGAUCAAUAUUCUGCCAAAGUUUCGGUAUUCGAUUAAGAUGGCCAUGAAGCUUCCAGUAUGUGCUGUGUGCUGUUUGCAGUUGCUAGGUCUGAGUUUCGUCAGAAUUUUCCCAAUGCCUAUACGCCUGAAUAUAUUCAUGGAGGGCCUCAGUCUUAUGAGCACCCUCAGAUAUUUGACAACUGCCACUUUUCUAAUUCCUCCACGGAUCUUUACUUCUAUUCGCACCUUUGUGUCGGAGCAUGGGAUAUUAGAUAGGGGAGCUCUUUUUCCAUCAAACGGCUUGAUGAUACGUGGUGGAAUGGACACGUACUGCAAGGGAAACAAGGCAAGACCUGUAUGGCGGGAUCUGUCCUCGAUAGAUAGAGCCGUAGCCUCCCGCUAUAGAGGUUUGGCCUUGGUUCCCCUUGCAGUCCUCCCCGUUACAAUGGCAACUGCCCGGAGGUAUUUCUCCAUGUUUUUAAUGGCCACCGGGUACUGUAGUAUGUUUAACUUAUCUGAAUUAGUCACAGCGGUCUGCGUGUUCUUUAGGUUCUACUCUAGCAUCGAUCUGGGAGGCUAAUGCGAUUCCACGACCACCUGCGAAACGGAUUUAAUAAACGAGUUUGGGGUAACAUAAGAAAACGUAAUGGGGGUUAUACAUUAUUACAUCUGGAAGG